AUGUCUGUCAGUGACGAGUACGCUUCGAUUUUAUCAGUUAUCUCGACUAAAAUAGAUCAUACAACGCUAAGACAAGAUUCUGUCCAGUUUCAAAAUGAUCUAACCUCUGUGAUCGCCAGGCUGCUGAAGUUGAAAUCGGAUGUCUAUUCUAAAUUGGCCUUGUUCAGCAAGAACGAAACCAUUGAAGAUGUAUCGACAUCAUCUUUGAAGUUUUUGUCCAUCGAUUAUUAUCUAGCAGUAUUAUGUUCCAAGAAACAAGCUAUUGGCAACAAGUUCAACAAUCCAUUGUCGAAAAAUAGAAUGAAGAUAAGUUUUUUGAACAAGUCUGUGCAACUAUACAUGCAAUUUAUAAUAGCUCUUCAAGAUUUUGAAAUAUUAGACAGUAAUCUAAGCAAGAAGAUUGAAUUAUUCGAAGAAACUUAUAAACCAACGCUAGCAGAAUUAUACUCACAACCUAAGAAUGGAGAAGACCUAUCAGGAGCUCAAUUAAAGAGACAGCAGAAGAUCGAGAUGUUCAGAGCUACGAAAGCUGCAGAUGAGAAACUAGCCUUAUUAGAAUCUAAAUAUACCAACACUGAAGAUGAUCAAGAUUACGACAAAGAAGAAGAGGAUAUACUGCGUGACAUCUACUUGCAAAGAAUGAAAUCAUUGAGUUAUAAGACUUUCAAUGAACUAGAGCAAAUUCUUUAUGAAGAAGAACUUUUGAACAAUUUCACUCAGAUGUCACCAAGUGAAAUGGUCAAUGCCACUAAUUCAAGGAACGAUUCUGAAGGUGACCAUGAGCGUAAAUCAGAGAAAGGCUAUACAGAAAGAUUAGAGACUCUGAAUAAGCCACUAUUAUCGAAAAAGGGUAAAGUGUUGAGAAAUUUCACUUUAUUAGACAAGAGAACGGAAUUGGUGAAUAAAGUACGAGGAUAUGGCCAAUACGGACCAACAAUGACAGUUGAAGAAUUCUUAGAGAAAGAGUUUGAAGAAGGAAGAGUCCUUCAAGGAGGUGAGGAAGCACCAGAGGUUCAUGAUUCUGACGAUGAAAAAUGGCAAGAUGAGCAAACGUAUAAAGCCCGUGAAUGGGAUGAAUUUAAAGAAGCUAAUGCUAAAGGUAGCGGUAACACGAUUAAUCGUGGUUAA